GGCACUGCAUGCUGGGAGUGAAGCACUUCCGCUUCCGCCAGCCACGAGCAUCAUGAUGAAGAUGGAGUCGCGGUGCAGCUGCAGCAGCAGGAGCGGACAGCGAAUGGGGGCGAUCGUGAGAUGCCUCCUCUUCGCCGCCUCCGUGGCGCUCGCCUCGGGGGAGCUGUGUGCGGACCCCGCGGUGGUCUCGUCCUCGUACAGCACGAGCGACGGCGUGCUGGCCACGGACACCGUGUUCAUCGUCGAGGUCUCGCUGUACUGCGGCAGCGAGGCCCAGAACGUGGCGCUGUACGCCGACGUGGACGGGAAGCAGUUCCCCGUCACCAAGGGCCAGGACGUGGGCCGCUACCAGGUGUCGUGGAGCGAGCCUCACCGCACGGCACGCAGCGGCACACACGCGGUGCGCUUCUACGACGAGGAGGCCUACAGCGCCCUGCGCAAGGCGCAGAGGAACAAGGAGGAUGUGUCUGACAUCAGCCCGCUCUUCGUCGUAGCAGUGGAACACAGGGGCGUGUGGGGCGGGCCGCUCGUGGCCACGGAGGUGGUGGCGGCGCUGGUCGGCGUCGGCCUCUACGCGUUUGCCUACCGGGCCAAGGGCCUCAUCCAGAGCUAGCGCUCGCCUCGCUCACCGGCACCAGUUCGCCUCGCCACUCGCACCGCACGCGCACACACGGUCACACCACACCCACCCACCCACCCACGCGCCCGCCGUCCGUCCGUCCCUCGUGUGAACUCGGAGAUGUUUGAAUAAAACCAGCGGUGGCCAAA